AUGAUAAGACCCCUCUACCCAAUAUCUGGAACCGCAAGCUCUCGAUCAGAUGAUGGAAGUUCUCCACGGAUUAACCUGCAACGAUCGUUUGUCUAUUUCGGACGGACGUAUAAUCAGAUUUAUGUUAACCACAAUGGACACUUGACAUUUGACAAUCCACUGAGUGCACAUUCACCUCAAAGGUUCCCACUACAUGGACCCAGAGACUUCAUCGCUCCAUUCUGGACAGAUCUUGACAACAGGCAAAUUGGUCAGGUCAACUACAACCAAUACACCAGUGGCAGUGUCCUCCAACAAGCCACACAGGACAUUAAUGGCUACUUUCCGAACUUGAACUUCAGUGCCAACUGGGUCUUUGUUGCAACAUGGUAUGAGGUGGCCUACUUUCCAAAUUCAGGAACACGCACAACUGUCCAAGCCGUGUUGAUCUCUGGCAGCCAGUACUCAUUUGUGCUGAUGAACUAUGGGAUAAUAGCCUCAACAACUAAGAAUGUGCAGGCAGGAUAUGACACAAUCAGUUCCACGCACCAUUUCACCAUCCCUGGAUCAUUCUCCAACACUGCAACAGGCAGUAACUCAAAUUUCCGCCUGAGCAGCAACGUCAAUGUACCCGGUCGCUGGGCCUUCAGGACAGACCACGGAUCAAGAGGCUGCACUUUCAAUGGUGAACCUGUGCAGCAGGGUGACUCAUUCUGGAGCGACAGUACCUGUGCACAGAAGUGCACCUGCACCUCAGCAGGCCUUCAGUGUCAGAGCCAACCCUGCUCCUUUUCCCAAAUCUGCCGACCAAGUGCCUUUCAGUUCUCCUGCCAGACAGUGCAGAGAAGCACCUGCACCAUAAGUGGUGAUCCACAUUACUAUACCUUUGAUGGUAAAGUGUUUCACUUUCAGGGCGCCUGCACUUAUGUUGUCUCAGAGCAAUGUGAUCAUGGGUUGCCCUACUACAGAGUAGAGGGCAAGAAUGAAAACCGGGGCAGCAAUCGAGUCUCUUGGACACGACUGGUCAAAGUGUAUGUCUAUAAUGAAACCAUUGAGCUUGUCAAGGGACGUCGUGGUGAGGCUAAGGUUAAUGGAAACUUUGCAGCCACUCCAAUCUAUCUCAACAACGGCACCGUCCAGGUUUAUCAGUCAGGUUUUUCUACUAUCAUCAGUACUGACUUUGGCUUGGAGGUAUCCUAUAACACAAAUUAUUAUGUCCGGAUCAGUGUGCCCUACACUUACCAGAAUGCAACAUGUGGCCUGUGUGGAAACUUCAACAAUGAUCCUAGAGAUGACUUUCGAACCCGCCAAGGCGAGGUUGUGAGCUCUGAUGUGGCUUUUGCCAACAGCUGGCAAGCAGCAGGGGAUGAUGAGCCUGGUUGUGAGGCACAGUGUGAAGGUCUGGACUGUGCUGCCUGCACUGCGGCUCAGACAGCUUUAUACAGCAAUACUGCUCAUUGUGGUAUCCUCCAGAGCAGUUCAGGUCCUUUUGCUGCUUGCCAUCAAAGACUUCCCCCACAGACUUUUGUGGACAACUGUGUGUACGAUCUGUGUGUAGGAGGAGGGUACCAGCCCAUUCUGUGCCAAGCCCUAAACGUGUAUGCAAGUCAGUGUCAACAGAAUGGUAUAAAGCUACCAAGCUGGAGGAGACCAGGCUUCUGUGAAAUCCCCUGCCCAGCCAACAGCCACUUUGAGUCCCAAGGCACAGGAUGUCCAGCUACCUGUGUCAAUCCUAAUUCUACAAACAAUUGCCCUCUCCCUGUCCAGGAGAGCUGCAUCUGCAACUCAGGCUACAUCCUCAGUGCUGGGGUCUGCGUCCCUCAUGCUGAGUGUGGCUGCAGCUUUGAGGGUCGCUACUACCGCUCUGGAGAAACUGUAAUACUAGACACAGACUGUGGGAGACAUUGUAGCUGCAGUUAUGGCUCCAUGACUUGCAGCUCCCAUGCUUGUGGUCCACUUGAAUCAUGCAGAGUGGAGGAGGGAGAAAGAGGAUGCAGACCAAACAGCUAUGCAACAUGCUGGAUAAGGGGCCCGGGGUCCUAUCAAAUGUUUGAUGGACUGACAUACCAGUAUCCUGGGGCGUGUCGACUUACUCUUGCCAAAGUGUUGGGAUUGUCUAAUUACACCCACUUUGUGGUAACAGCAGAGAAAGAGCCCAGUGGCCAACAGGGUUUUACCCGUUUGCUAAAGUUUGAGGCAGAGGGCACACAAGUAUCCAUUGAGAUGGCACGUACCAGCAGAGUACAGGUUGACAGUCAGGUCAUCAGACUACCUUACAGUUCAGCGUCCAACAGAAUCCAAAUCUACCACAGCAGCGUUCACAGUAUCAUCCUUCGCACCUCCUUUGGUGUAACUGUACAGACGGUCUGGCCUCACUUUGUGCGUGUCACUGCACCUGGUGUCUACUAUGGCUCACUAGGUGGACUGUGUGGUAAUUACAAUGGUCACCCACAUGACGAUUUCCACACACCCAGUGGCAUCCUGGUCAACAGCUCUCAGGAGUUUGGGGACAGCUGGCGUGAUGGCUCGCUCGCUGCACACUGCGUGGAAAGUGUAAAUCAUAAUUCUACAGCAAACUACAAUUCUAGUGAGUACUGUGGCAUUCUUGGCUCACCUCUUGGGCCAUUUACCCAGUGUUGGGCCAUGUUGGACCCAUGGCAGCAUGUGGCUAUAUGUGUGGAGAUAAUUGGAGGCUCAAAAGAUCCAGCAUCAGCGCUUUGCGAGGUCCUGCGAGAUUAUGCACUGAUGUGUCAACAGAAGGGUGUUGCUCUCGGACACUGGAGGAAUGCAACUGGCUGUGAGCAAAGCUGCCCUCGAAACAGCCAUAAUGAACUCUGCGGAACCUCUUGUCCUUCCGCCUGCCCCAGCCUCUCUUUCCCUUUCGUCUGUGACACUGUGUGCCAGGAUGGGUGCCAGUGUGAUGAUGGUUUUGUCCUUAAUGGCAACCAGUGUGUGCCUCCAACAUCCUGUGGAUGCUAUCACCAAGGACGCUAUCGGCAAGGUGGCGAACAGUUCUGGGAUGGUGAGGAAUGUCAGAGCUUGUGUAGCUGUAAUGGCACUACUGGGGCAGUCCACUGUAUCCCCAACUCUUGUGGUCCCCAGGAGUCCUGCCGUGUGGUGGGGGGUGAGUUUGGCUGCCAUCCAAACUCUCAUGGCACCUGCUCUGCCUCCGGAGACCCUCACUACCUCACAUUUGAUCACAAGGCCUAUGACUUCCAGGGAACCUGCCGUUAUGUUUUGGCGACCCUUUGUAACGCCACUGAUGGACUCCACCAAUUUUCAGUGGAAGCUAAGAAUGAGCCAUGGAGCGGGUUGCCAGUUUCAAUCACAGCUGAAGUUUUUGUGAAUGUGUGGGGCUACCAAGUGCAAAUGUCAAGGGAGAGAAAAGGAGUGGUUCAAGUGAAUGGAGAAACAAAAAAUUUACCUAUUCUCUUGAAUGGAGGUCACGUGACUAUCUACGCAAGUGGACCUCGUGUAUUUGUCAGUGCUGAUUUUGGCUUGACUGUCACCUACGAUGGAUAUAGUACAGUGUUUAUCUCAGUACCUCCAAAUUACAGUGGAAAAACAUGUGGACUUUGUGGAAACUUCAAUGGAAAUCCAAAUGAUGAGUUCCACACCCCAUCUGGCAUGAUGGUCACCACUCCAGAUGAGUUUGGGAAAGCUUGGAAAGUGGCAGGCAACUACACCUGCAGUGAUGGGUGUGGUUCCUCCUGCCCACAAUGCACCAAUGAGCUGCCUGCUAGAGCCCAAUGUGAGGUGAUCCAGGCAGCCGACGGGCCCUUCAGCUUCUGCCAUGAGCAGGUGGACCCGGCACCAUAUUUCAAAGACUGUGUUUUUGAUGUUUGUGUGUCGGGAAAUGGGGACCACGAUCUUCUGUGCAGGGCCAUUCAGGCCUAUGUCAGUGCCUGUCAGUCUGCUAAUGUUCGCAUCUACCCUUGGAGACAGAACACCACCUGCCGACUUGACUGUCCAGCCAACAGCCAUUAUGAGCUGUGUGGUACUGACUGUGGCCACACCUGUGCCAGCAGCAUUGAUGCCACUUGUGAGCAGAUUUGCUCAGAGGGAUGUUUCUGUGAUGAAGGCUUCUUGAGGAGUGGGACAAGCUGUGUUCCCAUGGAAAGGUGUGGCUGCCAGUAUGAUGGAUUCUACUAUGAUGCUGGCGAGUCCUUUUGGACACAAGGUUGCUCCCAGAGAUGUGAGUGUCAUGCCCCAAAUGACCUGCGCUGUUCUGCUGCAUCUUGCACUCCUGCACAAGAGUGCACCAUCAGAAAUGGCCAGCUGGGCUGUUUUGAUGCAAUUUCUACUUGCACUGUGUGGGGAGACCCACACUACAUCACCUUUGAUGGGGCAUUGGCUGAUUUCCAGGGCACAUGCUCUUACAUUAUUACUGAGAGUGUGAGCCACGGCACCAAUGAGACCCAGUUUCAUGUAGUAGCCACCAAUAAUCACCGUGGCAACAACCGUGUGUCACUUGUGUCAGCAGUGGAUAUAUACCUCUCAAAUCAACCAGAGAGUGCACACAUCAGGAUUGGACCCAACAAAAGAGUAAUGGUAAAUGGAGUUGAGGUGUCUCUUCCCACCGCAGCAGGAUCUUUAGCUCAGGUGGUACGACAGGGAAGCUAUAUUAUAGUCAAUGCCAUUGACUUGGUGGUCCAGUUUGAUGGCCAAAGGACUUUACUGAUCAGUGUAGGCCAGAACCGUCAAAACAGAAUCACUGGGAUGUGUGGAAACUUCAACCGUGAUCCUGCAGAUGACAAAGUCUUGCCCAAUGGCACAUUGGCACACAAUGAUAAUGACUUUGGACACAGCUGGAAGGCACCCACAAGCCAACCAGGAUGUGGAUCUACCGAUGAUGAGAGUGGUAAUGGAUUAGACAACUGUUCCUUUAUUGAAGAAUACUCUGAGCUCUGUAGUGUCAUCACCAACACCAGCGGCCCGUUCAGGGGCUGUCACCUGCACUCUGACCCCCAGCCAUAUUUCAGUUCCUGUGUCUACGAUCUCUGCCACUACACUCCAGCCAAUGGCAUGCUGUGUUCUGCUGUCUCAGCCUAUGAGAAAACCUGCUCUGUUUUGGGACUGAACAUCCCUGAGUGGCGCUCAGCUUUGCAGUGUGCUGAGUCAGACCCCUGUGAACAGCUGGACUGCACAGAGUAUGAGUGGUGUGGUGAGAAGGACGGUGUGUACGGCUGCUUCUGUGAUGAACACCACCAUCGGCCCAACAAUGAGAGCUACGACUCGUCCAUCACUUGUGUCAGUAGUUCAGGCACCAUGUCCCUGUCGCGCUGCCAGCUGUUUGAAGCUGGUUUCCACUGGAGUGACCUCCACCUCCGAGAUGACUCCUGCAAUGGGACUCUCCAGGACGGACGACUGGUGUUCCACUUUAACAAUGACGACCAGCUGUGUGGGACAGUUCUCAGGAGCAACGGGACCCAUUUCAUCUAUGAGAACACCAUCCAGGGCGAAGUGGACCCUCAUGAGGGUCUCAUCAGUCGUGAGAAGAGCAUCCACCUGCACUUCUGCUGUGAAUACCCUCUGGCCCAGGCCCUGUCUAUGGAUGUGGGCAUCAACCCUGUAGAGAGCAUUGUGAACAAGAGGCUUCCAUCAGGCCAGGGUCGUUAUCAUUUGAGGAUGCUCCCCUACGAGGACGCUGACUUCCACUUCCCUCUGACCAGAAAUGGGAACCUAGAAAUGGAAAUAGACCAGAGGCUGUACAUCGAGGUGCUGACAGAAGGAAUAGAUGAACGGCAGAUCUCCACCGUUCUGGAUUCAUGCUGGGCAACACCUUUCAAUAAUGCCAGCUACCCUGUCCGCUGGGAUCUCAUCACCACAGAGUGUCCUAAUCCAGAAGAUGGUACAGUAGAGCUGGUUCAGAACGGCAUCUCCACUGUUGCGCGAUUCUCCUUCAGGAUGUUCACCUUUACCAACUAUACAUCCAUCUAUCUGCACUGCCAGGUCCACCUGUGUCUUCUGAGACACAACAACUGCUCGGCUCAUUGCUACCCGGGUUACCACACAAGAGUGGCGAGGGAUGUUUCCCAUCAUGACACUGCAGCCAUCUCACUCGGACCGCUAAUCCUGAAAUCAGAUGAAACCAGGAUGAAGACAAGCAGCGCUUCAGGCCAGUUGACCUCUAUGGUGACCCUGCUAGUCAGUUUGCUGUCUGCCAAAACUCUAUCUUAAAGAGUUCAACAAUAGGCACACACACAGUAAACAGAUGAAAUUAUACAUUACACCAUAACAUAUUAACCAGUCACCAGUACAUAGAUAUAUGAUUGAUCUGUUAUUUUCUCUGUCGUAUUCCACUAAAAAUGUGGAAUGAGAUGAAAUUUUUGUGCAGGCUUGAAAAAGUUAUGUUACAGAAUGUGGCAGUUUUUCUUUACAACACUAGAGGUCAGCAUAUGAUCAAACACACAUUUGGCUCUGUUUUCAUGAAGGCAUGUCUUCUUACCUUUUGUAUUUAGUAACAUUCAUCAGUUGCAUGCUCAGGGCUUUUGCAUUUUUUUUUUUACUGUCGUUACAUCAAUAUUUCAUUAGUGAUCAUCAUUAAUAAUGAAGAUGAAUAUGAUAAAUGAAGUGAUUUAUGUGUCAAAUAUGAAUCAUAUUGUCUAUAUUGUCAACUAAAAAUGUAGUCUGGGUUGUAGAACCCAAGGACUCUGAAUAAUGUGUGCAACUUUCUACAUUUAAAAUAAAAAUAAAAAUAGUA